ACGGUUGGGGCAGAAAAAGGAUUUUUCACCCUUUGCACCCUGGGCUACUUUGCUGCAAACUCAGCUGAUCCCUUGUGGUUUUUUUUGCCUUCUCCAACCUUUGUCUCCUUCUGCCUUUCUCCUUCAUUUCCUAGUCUUACGCUUUGCAGGAUUGCACCCUAUCUCAAAGCCAGUUGGGCAUUUGCUUCUCCGGUGAUUCUCCAUCUCUCUCUGUGUGUGUCUGUCUGUCUCUCAACUUGUCUUCUCCUCCUUCUCCAGCUUCUAGCAUCUAUGCCACUUCCUCUUCAGCAGCAAUCCCGCCCUAGCUGGUUGGCGGCAGCUCUCUUUUCGCUCUUCCCGGUUCUGCUGUUUCAAAAUGCCUGGGCAUUAUCUCUCCACAAUAGGGACAGUGUUCAGGAGGUGGUGCCCGUCUGGGGAGAUAUGCCUUGGGUCAGGGGAAGACCGGUUUCCUUCUCCAUCGUGGCCUUUGGGAAAGUGCUCCUGCUGCAGCUGGAACCCGAUGCCAGCUUCUUGGCUCCUGGGCUGAAGAUUCAACAUGUUGGAGGAGGAGGAGGAGGAGGAGGAGGUGAGCUCAGCAAGUGCUUCUACUCAGGGACUGUCAACUCACAACCCAACUCCCUAGUGGCUGUCAGCUUGUGUGAGGGCAUCCAUGGCUCCUUCUUUGUGGAUGGAGACAAGUACGUCAUCCAGCCCCAAAACCGUGGCAGCCGAGAUCCCCUGAUGCAGGUUCAUCAGCUCCAGUGGAGAAGCUCUUCCAAAGAAGCUGCCAAGGACAGGCGAGGAGGGGAAGCCCAGCUGGAUCCCAACAGCACCCCCUUCAACAGAGAGAAAAGGUUCACCUCCCAGGCUCAUUAUGUGGAGACCCUGCUGGUGGCCGAUACUUCCAUGGUCCAGUUCUAUGGGCCCGAUCUGAUGAAUCAUAUCCUCACCUUAAUGUCUGUGGCUGCUCAAAUCUACAAGCACCCCAGCCUGAAGAAUUCUAUCAACCUGGUGGUGGUGAAGGUCUUGGUAGUGGUAGAUGAAAAGGAUGGACCAGAAGUAUCUGACAAUGGCGGUCUGAUACUGAGGAACUUCUGUAAUUGGCAACAGUUCUUCAACCCUCCAAGUGAUCGUCACCCAGAACACUAUGACACCGCAAUCCUGCUGACAAGACAGGAUUUCUGUGGACAUCAAACCUGCAGAACCCUUGGAGUGGCUGAGACUGGCACCAUGUGUGACCCAAAUAAAAGCUGUUCUGUGAUAGAAGAUGAGGGUCUCCAAGCAGCCUACACCUUGGCCCACGAACUAGGGCACGUGCUCAGCAUGCCUCAUGAUGACUCCAAGAGCUGCGAAAGGCUCUUUGGGACAUUAGGAAAGCAUCACAUGAUGGCUCCAUUGUUUGUUCACCUAAACAAGACUCUGCCUUGGUCCCCCUGCAGUGCCAUGUAUAUCACAGAAUUCCUGGAUGGAGGACACGGUAACUGUCUGCUUGAUGAACCAGCCCAACCUAUCGCCCUCCCGACUGACCUCCCAGGCCAAAUACCUCUGUACAACUUAGACCAGCAGUGUCAGCAAAUAUUUGGCAAAGAGUUCCAACACUGCCCAAAUGCCACCCAGGAAGACGUCUGCUCCCAGCUUUGGUGCAAGUUGGAAACUGGAGAGCAACUUUGCCACACCAAAAACGGUAGCUUGCCCUGGGCUGAUGGGACACCCUGUGGGCCAGGGAAAAUGUGUUUGGAGAGUCGCUGUGUGGCACAAGAUACAGUGAUGCCCAAGCUUGCUGUGGAUGGAAACUGGGGGCCCUGGAGCUCGUGGGGGCCAUGUUCCAGGACAUGUGGUGGAGGGGUCCAUUUCUCUUACAGAGACUGUGACAGCCCAGUGCCCCAAAAUGCGGGCAAAUACUGUGAGGGACAAAGAGUCCAAUAUGAGUCUUGCAACACUGAGGAAUGCUCCCCAACUGACAAAAGCUUUCGAGAGCAACAAUGUGAGAAAUAUGACAGAUACAACUUCACCGACUUGAAUGGUAAUUUUCUAGAAUGGGUCCCCAUGUAUGCCGGAGUACCUCCUCGAGACCGUUGCAAAUUAGUCUGCCGGGCUAAAAGAGGGAAUGAAUUCAAAGUCUUUGAGACCAAAGUAAUUGACGGGACAACAUGUGCACCUGAUACACUCUCUGUGUGUGUGCAUGGACAAUGCAUGAAGGCUGGUUGUGAUCAUAUUAUUGGGUCUUCCAAGAAACUGGACAAAUGUGGAGUUUGUGGUGGGGACGGCUCAACUUGUAGAAAAAUAUCCGACUCAGUCAACAAAUCCAAGUUUGGCUACAACGACGUUGUCACCAUUCCAGCGGGGGCAACCAACAUUGACAUCAAGCAACACAGCCGACGAGGAGUAAGGCAUGACGGAAAUUAUUUAGCUCUGCAGACCCUGGAUGGCAAAUACCUCCUGAAUGGAAACUUCACCGUCUCAGCUAUGGAACAAGACAUUUUUGUGAAGGGGACUGUCCUGAGGUACAGCGGCUCCCUGACCACUCUGGAACGCCUCCAGAGCUACCAGAGGCUCCCCGAAGCUAUUGUGGUUCAGGUGUUGACCGUUUCCAGCGAGAUGUUCCUCCCCAGGGCAUUCCCCCUACCAAAGGUGAAAUACACCUUUUUUAUCCCCAAGGACCUCCAAUUCAGCAAGCAGAAGAUCAAGGAGAAAAGCCUGGCCAACAUGAUCAAGCCCUUGCUGACCUCGCAAUGGGUUCUGGGGGACUGGUCAGAGUGCUCCAAGUCCUGUAGCUCGGGUUGGCAAAGACGAACAGUAGAAUGUCUGGAUGUGGAAGGCCAACCUUCCUCCACCUGUGACCAGGCCCUCAAGCCCGAGGACAUCAAACCAUGCAGUGGUCUUCCUUGCCCAAUCUGGCAGAUGGGACCAUGGUCCCCCUGUUCCCAAACCUGUGGAGAAGGAAUGCGGACACGAAGCGCCUUGUGCAUUGACUACCUUGGAAAGCCUGUCGCCUUCGAGAAAUGCAAUUCGUCGCAGCCCCCAGCAGCUUCUACUCUCUGUAUCCUCCAGGAGUGCUGAAGUGAACUAAAGGCUGGCAUGCAAUCCAAGAAGCCUUUGUAACUUAGUCUAACUACUAACUUAACUCAGACUAGGCUUGGCAUAUCCAAGCAAGGGAGUAGUUUUAAGGCCAACGGGCACUAAUCAACUUGAAGAGGUCCCCAUUUGAUUUCCCUGUUUGAGAGAUUAGAAGGCAUGGGUUACCACCAGUGUGAGAUUCAAAUAAUUUAACAACCGGUUCUCUGCCCUAAUGAUUUCUUCCAACAACCACUUCACCAAACUGCUCAGAAAGUUAACAACCGGUUCUCCCGAACUGGUGCGAACUGGCUGAAUCCCACCACUGGUUACCACCACUAAUCCCCCUCUCCCUCUUUUCCUCUGUUGUGUUUUGUUUUCCUCCAAAUUGACAUCUACCUCAGUGGGGGGGACAAAAUAGAAUUUUUGAUAAAUCAUUUGAAGUUUUGGUGGGGGAAAAAAUGUCUGCAGGUCAAUACUUGGUAACUAAGGGAAAUUCGUGUCCUAAGUCAUCCCGGCAGGUGAGGUGAAACUCACCUGCACUUUCACCCAGCGUCUUUUGUGGGUUGGAUUUUAGAGACGUUAUUUAAGAUGCUGUUGUUCUUGCGAUGCAGAGGCAAUCCCCAUGAACGCAGUUGUGUGCACCCUUCAGUUAGCAAAACAGCUGCAGUCUUUGGGGAGGGCAGGAGUACAAAAUUCUACCUUUGAUAUUGGCAACUGGUAAGUCAGUCUUGUGG